GAGAGAGAGAGAGAGAGAGAGAGAGAGGUAGCGAAGACGCCAGAAGGUGGGCUUGUGUGUGUUAUAACCGAAUAAACGACAAAGGAGAAGAGGGAAGAGAUGCCUACUCUUCUCCAGUAUUCCUCUCCUGCAGCGGCUGCCUUCAGCUCUCACUCUCUCCAGCUGAUACGCAGCAUCACUUCCAUUUCGCCCCCUCCUCCUUGCUCCCUCGCCGCUCUCUCCCUCUUCUGCCGCCGACCCUCUAAUCCCCUCACGGGAAACUUCCUCUUCUCCCGCAUGGAGGGAGUACUGCAUUGUAUGUUCUGGGCAUACUCGGUCGUACUGAUCACUUCCACUGGGACUCACUCUGCCUUGUGUAAUGAUGAGGAUCGACCCUUUACAUGCCCUAGCCUUCUGAUUAGUGAAUUCCAGUCCAUAGCCAUCUCAGAAGCAACUUCCUCGAACCCUGUCAAGCGAUUUUGGAGUGGAAGUGGGAUUACAAGGAACAAAGCAAUGGUGGAGCAAUUGCAGAGCUAUGGGGUUAUUAGGUCCAAGAGAGUAGCUGAGGUAAUGGAGAAGAUCGACAGAGCUCUGUUCGUCCCUGAGGGAACUCCACCAUAUGUUGACAGCCCCAUGCCGAUUGGAUACAAUGCCACCAUUUCAGCUCCUCAUAUGCAUGCAACGUGCCUUCAGUUAUUGGAGGAGAACUUGCGGCCUGGAAUGCAUGCUUUAGACAUCGGUUCAGGAACGGGUUACUUAACAGCAUGCUUUGCCAUGAUGGUGGGCCCCCAGGGUCGUGCUGUGGGUGUUGAACAUAUUCCUGAGUUGGUUGAAUCUUCAGUUGAGAGUAUCCGGAAGAGUGCAGCUGCUCCACUUUUGAAAGAAGGGGCCCUAUCCGUGCAUGUUGGAGAUGGAAGACUGGGUUGGCCGGAGUUUGCGCCUUAUGAUGCCAUCCAUGUAGGGGCAGCGGCGUCUGAAAUUCCGAAGGCACUUAUUGAUCAGUUGAAGCCAGGUGGGAGAAUGGUUAUUCCAGUCGGAAACAUAUUUCAGGACCUGAAAGUUGUGGAAAAGAAGAUGGAUUGUUCUGUCAGCAUCCGGACUGAAACUUCAGUUCGUUAUGUUCCUCUUACAAGUCGAGAUGCGCAGCUCAGAGGCUCCUGAAAGGGUCUUUGUUGUCGGUUCUUUCAACAAGCCGUAUGUAUACUUCUGUAUAGAUAGGUCCAUGCACAGUAUGUUUGUGUUUCUUGUAUGCUUGUGUUGCCAGACAAUAGUGAGUAUCUAUAGGAUUCUGUUUUCACAACAUCAGUGAUACUUCCAAGGAGGCUUCAGCUGUAGAAAAAGUGGAAUUUAAGGAAAAUUUUCGUGUUGACCCUAAUAGAGAAAAUUUUCCUUUGCU